AUGGAGGACAGUUGUCAACGAGCACCACUUUUUACCUUCGGAGUUAUAGCUGAUAUUCAGUACGCUGACAUGGACGACGGGCUCAAUUUUCCCCAGACAAGAAGGCGAUACUACCGAAACAGUCUUGAACUGCUCAGACAAGCACGGGAGAGCUGGUCUCACUCUGACACCCGUCCAAAGUUCAUCCUCCAGAUGGGAGACAUCAUCGACGGCUUUAACAAGAACAAUGGAAACUCUAGUCAGGCACUGGAGCGGGUCUUGGACGAGUUUAGACUCAGCCCCAUCGAGGUGCACCACGUGUGGGGCAACCAUGAGUUCUAUAAUUUCAGUAGAAGCGAGCUGUUACGUUCCAAGCUGAACAGCUCCUUUCUUGCCGAUACGAGCCUCGGCGGAACCCGUGCCGGUGGCGAUAUUUACGCCUACAGCUUCACUCCCUACCCCGGGUUUACAUUUGUCGUAUUGGAUGCUUAUGAUGUGAGCUUGCUUGGCGUAGAGGAGGACAGUGUGCAGUAUCACAGCGCUUUAAAUUUGAUAAAACAACACAAUACCCACGAGGACCUCAAUACCCCGCCAGGACUAUUUGAUGAUCUAAAGCAGAGGUUCUCAAAAUUCAAUGGUGGUUUCAGUAAGGCCCAGCUGGACUGGCUCGAUUCCGUUCUGUCCUCAGCCGACAAGAAGCAGGAAAAAGUCACCAUCAUGAGUCACCUCCCAGUUCAUCCAUUCUCCACAACCCCAAUGUGCCUGGCCUGGAACUUCGAUGAACUCCUGUCCAUAAUCCAGUCCCACAAUAGCGUAGUGUGUUUCAUAGCUGGACAUGAUCACGAUGGUGGAUAUUGCUUGGAUAAAAGCACAGGAGUUCACCACCUUACUCUGGAGGCAGUGAUCGAGACGUCACCAGACAGCAACGCUUUUGGAACUGUCUCGGUGUACGAAGACCGGAUGGUCCUAAAGGGGGUUGGGAGGAUUUCAAAUAUAGACAUUUUGUUUCCCUGA